AUCCGUGUGUCGCAUGAUUUUUGUCCGGCUUUGCAAGAUCCGUUGCACGGUGUGCAGGCUUGUGAAUCGUGGGGACCGCAGUUGCGAUAUAAGGCUUGUUCGAUACAGUGCGAAAAUGGUUAUGAAUUUAGCAUUGAGCCGCCAGUUUUCUACACGUGCUCUUCAGAUGGACAGUGGAGGCCGCGCCCCGAGAACGCCUAUACGUUCCGUUAUCCGCAGUGUACCAGAGCAUAUGCAGCGUUGCGCGUCGCCGAAAUCACAAUCAAUUAUCCAACUGUCUCGAUCUGUAACGCCGCAGGCAAAAGUACGUUGACCGAGAAACUGUCGCAGAGAAUUGAACUGCUGAACAGUAAAUGGAGCAUCUAUCCCUCAACUAGCAAUGUCAGCGAUCAUUCAGUUUUCAAUAUAUCGGUGCACUGCUUUGCUGGCACGGACGAAGCAGCGUCAGUGAAAGCGAGGUUGCGUCGCGAUGCGCAAGGCUUUUUCAACGUCAAGGUUUCUAUACCGAUCAAUAAGGAUAUUCUGGAAAACCGCAAAACAGGACAACAAGCGAAAGUAUCUGAUGUGCUGGAAAAUGAAAUCCUGUUAAAGAACAUUUUCAAUUUGGAACAGGUACUUCCCAAUGGUCGACCAGAUUUGAACAGUUUUGAAUUAAAAGAGAGGUACAUCUGCGAAGCAGGCACUGUAAACGUUGGCAGCCUGUGCGGUAAGUCGUAUUUCCGCUGGUUUUGCUAA